UUACAAUAAAAGGCAUUAUUCUCGGCGAUCGCUCGCACAACACUACGGUGGCACAACGCACUGGCCGCGUUUCAGAUGAUUUAAAAAAAAUAAAUUCAAAUUUCGAAUUUCGAAUAGUGAUGAACAAAAAUGGAUGCCGAAAAAAGUAAAACCGAAGUUACCGUGGACGAUAUUCUUCGUUUGCUCGGUCCGUUUGGUAGAUUUAAUAUUCUGAAUUAUGUUUUGAUUUUGUUCCCUGUGUUGUUAUCCGGCAUUUACUCAUCGGUUUACAACUUCGAAGCUUUGGAUCUUACAUACAGAUGCGCGACAGAGUGCGACGACCCCGCAGCCAACUACACGGUGCCUCAUGAUGAGAAUGGAGUACCAGCGAAAUGCCUCCGCUACGCGCCCGCCAACAUCUCGCUUACCAACGACACAUGUUCGCCACACAUGUUUGACAACACAACGGAGAUUGAGUGCGACUCGUACAUUUAUUUUGAAGACCACUCCAUCGUUAAGGAGUUCAAUCUUGGCUGCCAAGAUUGGAAGCGGACGCUAGUAGGUACUGUCCACAACGCUGGAUUUUUCAUCUCCAUACCCCUGGUUGGGCUCAUCUCAGAUAGAUAUGGCCGCCGCAUGGCGCUGGUCUUCGCGAUUGUCUCCAGUGGAAUAUUCGGCGUCAUCAGAGCAUUCUCCAUCAACUAUGAGAUGUUCAUCGUACUGGAGUUUCUGGAACCGGCCCUGGGUGGUGGGGUUUAUACUGCAUGCUUUGUUUUGGCACUGGAGCUCGUCGGACCCAAGGGCAGAGUUUUCGUCAGCCUCCUAUUCAACACAAUGUUUAUCCUUGGAGGAGUCACCGUCACUCUGCUGUCCUGGUGGCUACAGAGCUGGAGAUAUCUACUCCUGGUCAUCUACACGCCCGCCAUCUUCCUUCUCUUCUACCUAUUUAUGCUCACAGAGAGCUUCAGAUGGCUAUUCAGUAAAGGCCGCUAUGAGGAAGGCUUGAACGUCCUCAAGAAAUGCGAAAAAAUCAAUAACGUGGUCAUCCCAAAAGACCACUACGAUCAGGUCGAAAAGCACGCCAUCAUGCAGAGGGAUACCAGAAAGUUUGAAGCGAAAGAGAUUAAUAGGUCCACUUUCAAGCAAGUUCUUAUGUCUGGCAUGAUUUGGAGACGGCUCAUGACUUGCUCAUUCCUUUGGACGUCUUCCACCUUGGUAUACUACGGUCUCUCUAUCAAUGCUAUGGAACUCUCAGGGAAUACUUACCUGAACUAUAUCGUUGUGAUCAUCAUCGAGGCGCCCGCUAAUAUCUGCAAGUUGAUAUUCUUGGACCGUUUUGGCAGAAAACGAGUGAUUGCGACUGCAUUUGUGCUGACCGGGGUUAUACUUGUCAACUAUGGAUUUUUACCAGGCGGCGGCAACUGGUCUACAGUAUUCUACCUUGGCGGUAAAUUCUUCAUCACCCUCGCUUACAAUUCCCUGUACAUAUUCGCGGCGGAGGUCUUCCCUACAAACUAUAGGACAACACUGCUCGCCAUCUGUUCUACCAUCGGCAGGAUUGGGUCGGCUGUUGCACCGCAGACUCCCUUGCUUGCGCGUUACUACGAAUCUCUGCCUACCCUCGUCUUUGGUGUCAUGGCGGCGAUGUCCGGAUUCCUCGUACUAACUCUACCCGAGACGAACAACCAGAAGCUACCUGACUCGCUCAAGGAGGCGCAGGAUUUGGAUAGGCGAGAAAGAGACGACAAGAUAGAUAAUAGUACGAAUAAGAGCUAAGACCAUUUGGAGCCCGCUUCUGUAGUCUGGUAAUCAUGUCAUGUUGCAGACCCCUGAUAAAGUAACUUUGAAGAACAUGAAUUUCAGUGCUUAUAGUCUCAAUUUAGACCAAUAUUUAGACGCUUAGAUUUUUUACACAAUUUAAAAAGCUGUAAUGGCAAUACCUUGACGUUUGUAUCAAUUUAAAAAGUUCAGACGUCAAAAUUUUAACCCAAAGCAAUGAAAAAUGUUCUUGUUCAUCAAAGUUACAAAAUAAGUAGACAGUUGGCUCUCUCGUUUGUUGCAUUUAUGAAAGAGAAGGCAUGAUAUUUUGACAAGUGAUUGGUAAACAAAGUAAGUGGGCCUUAGUUAGUUCAAAGACUAGUAAAUAGUUUACUUAAUUUGUAGACAGUCAAUGUUAUAUUUGUGUACUUAGGAACUUUAGAUACUAUAGAUCUAAAUCGUGUAUGCAGAUGUAUAAAUUAUACAUUGUUUAGUUGUUGUCUGAUACGUUAGCUUGACAGAAACAUUGUCAUCCUUGACGUCUGUAUACACAUUGGAUAUUAAUUGUUAGGUAAGUUGCUAGAUAGUUUUUUGUAGUUUAUUAGUCUGUGACUUAAACUUGUUAGACAAAGGUAAUAUUAUCAUUGCUGUUAUAAAUCGAGGAGUCGACGUACGAAAAAUUGAAAUCUACUGUGCAUUGCACAAUAAUGUUGCUAGCUUCAUAUUAUGUGAAUAGUGUAGGUAUUAUGCAUUUUUAAGGUUUUUUUUAUGCAUAGUCUGUCAAGAAAGUGAAGAAAUUAAAAAGUUAAUUUCUUCACAUUCUUGACAGACUAUAGCUGUUACUUUGUAUCUGUCCUUAAAUUUUCUUUUUUAUUAUUGUAAGUCUCCUACUUAAAAAAUUACAUUUACUCGUAAAUGCGAUAAGUCACUUGACUGACUUUACUAUAAGGUUAAUCGCCGUGUAAAAGGGGGUAAGUAGUAUAAUUUACCAAUGUGCAAUAUGAUGAUAAUACUAAUUAUUAAUAAUAAUUGUUAAUAUUAAGGAUUGUAUGAACUAUUCGUAAUAAUAUUAUAUUCGUGUAACAUGCCGAUUACUAUUCUGUAAAACAAAAAAUGAAUUUUAUAACUUUUUUUAGUUUUUUAUCAAUUGGUUUGCAAUGGCAACACUGUUACCUCGAUUUCUUUUUUGCGUUCUAAGUUUUAUCUACUCGUGUGUCAUGAAAUAAAAAUCUAAUAAUUUUAAUCAACUAGUCGCAUAUUAAUAAGUAUUUCUGUGUAUAGUCUGUCAAAACAGUAAAGAAAUUAAAAAGUGGCAACAUCG